AAAAAAUAAACAUCCCUUUUUUCAUCUUUUUUCCCAUUUUCUUGAUCUUGAUUUGUAUAUAAAAAGCUAUAAGGUUUCUGUAUACAUAUUAAGCUUGUAAUAUUUUUUUCCAUUAAACUUAGUUUUAAGUGUCUAUUUUUUUUUUCAAUGGGGUUAUCUGAGUCUCCUAGCCCACCUCAUUUGUAUCCUCAAGCACUUCAACUUAAACUUUAUCAAGCUUUCAUCUUUUCAAUUCCAAUACUUUUUUCUAUAAUCUUGUUUCUUUUGUUUUACUUGUUUUAUCUUAAAAGAAGGGCUUCUAUUGGUUCUAAUUCCCCUGUUACAAUACUUCCAAGAAGUUCAAAUCAAGCUAUUAUUCAUAGUGGUGUAGAUGUAAAGGGGAUGCUCAAGAAUAAGCUUCCUGUGAUACUAUUCGAUGAACAUUCAAUGAUGAGGGAUUCUCAGUGUUGUGUUUGUUUAGGAGAUUUUGAGAUCAAAGAGGAGUUACACCAGCUACCAUCUUGUAAGCACAUUUUUCAUGCGGAAUGCAUACGCCAUUGGCUCCGUUCAAACUUCUCUUGUCCACUCUGUCGAUGUCAUGUCAUUAUUACCAAUAAAAAUCCACAACCUCCACAACAACCAGCUUCUAAUAACAACCCUUCGAAUAUCAUCGAAGAGGAAAGGGAGCAACACGAUACAACGGUUAGCAGAGAAGAGCACGAGCAACAUGUGGUGAUAAUUGAAGAAUUGUCUAGUGCUAGUAGUUCAUCCUCUAGCACUGUUGACAAUAUUGAAAGAGACUUUUCAAAUGUAGAAGCUCUUGUUAUCAAUAUUAAUAAGGCUCCUAAUACAUGAAUGUCAAUAACACACGCAAAUCGAGAAAUGAUGCAAGUCUUUCUUUUAUAUAAAAAAGGGGAAUUUGAAAGA